AUGAAUGUUUUUACAUCAUGGACAAAAAGUAAUAAAGCGGAGAGUGUUAACAGUCACGAGACACCUCAAUUUGCUAGUGCAGUGACACAAUCAAAUACCACUAAUUCACGUCCCAAAGGCACAGAAAGUAUAGGCCCAGGCUAUGGUAGGGUACAAGAUUUAUCAGCACAUGCAAUAGCUUCACAAACACAAGGAAGUCCAUCGGCCAGCUCCCUUGAAGUGAAAGUCGAUCCAGAGUUACCUAAAACACAUGGUCACCGAAUAGUUUCCACGACUAAACGAGCUGAGCAGAAUCGUAACGCUCAACGUGCUUUCCGCAUUCGUAAAGCAAACCAGUUCAAAGAGUUGGAGAGCAAGGCCAAAGAGGUCGAUCAGCUAAAACAGAAGAUUGAGAGUUUAGAAGCACGGAAUCGAUCGAUGGCCAAUUAUAUAUGUGAAUUGCAACGGCAAAUAAUUGAAUUUAAUAGUAAUAAACCUCCCACCAAGAGUGACAAAAAUGGGAAAGAAAAUAAUGCAUCAACGGACAAUUGA